UUUAAUGCGGUGAACAUUGCAGAAAAAGUGUCAGCAUUUAUAUGACAGCAUUUAUGAUAUACGUAAAAAAGACAUCUUAUUUCACAAUUUUAUAACAGCAUUUAAUAUAUUUAUCAAACUGUAUAGUAAUUUUAAGUAGCAAAAUUAAAAAAAAAAAAAAGAACCAGCAGUAACGUCCCGUACACAUUCCAAACAAAAUAAAAACAGCUCGACAUUUUUACUCCUUUGACGACUUUCUGAGACAAGUGCAUUUGAAAGGGCAUUUCAGAUGAAUGAGGCAGCAGCAGCAGCAGCCUAUUCCUGCAAAUCAUCACUUCAGAUUCUCUUUGAUAGUCUGUUUGAGCUCCCUGUUGUUCAGUUGCGAUAUGUGCUCGUUUAUGAUCUAUAAUCCACAUGUUUGGGUGCUGUGACCGAAGCCCAAACCUUCAUCGUUGGCCUGCUGUUCUAAGGCACCUUCAGCUGUUUGAUUGUCUGCAAGUGUCAUCGUUACAAAUACACAAGCAUUUGAGGCACACCUGUCAGAAGAACAACAGGACAAGAACACAUCACAGCACUGGAACAUCACCUCCGUGGAAAGUCUUGAGGAAAUGGUCUGAAAUCGUAAUAAUUGCAAAGGAAUGAUGUGGAUUUUGUGGACUCUGACAGUCUUGUGUUAUAUUCACACCGUCUUCAUGGUCUCUAACACUAUACUGACUACAUAAUGUGUAUUAAACUAUCGAUAAUGCACAAGCAAAACCAUGUAAGAAUUGUAAACCGCAAAAGUACAGGCACCUCAGUAGAUUGUACCACAAAAAAAGCAUGGAACGAUAUCUAUUUUCGAUAAAUUAAAUUAUUAUUUUAAUUAUUAUUUUAUAUUAAUUUCACUUUACAAUAUGAGUUUACAAAUAUAUAUGUGGAAAAUAAAUUACCCCGCUUUAUCGCAUAAUUAUCAUAUACAAACUCUUAAAUAUUCUUAUCAGCGCCAGAUCAUUAGCCAGUCACGUGAUGCGAUCGGGCCGCCUCAUUGGACGCUCCAAUAGAAAUCUACAUCUGAGUUCAUUAUCGUCCUCAUUCUUAAAGGGACAGUUCACACUAAAAACGUGAAUUCUGUCAUCGUUUACAAACCUGGACAGACGCCAUUUAUAGUUUUAUGCAGCUGAAAACGAGUCUGAGGGAUGGACAGGUUUUUUUUAGAUGGCAUGUACUGUAUAUAAUGUCCUAAAUCAAUGUAGUCUUUUAAAUUUGCAAUGUUUUGUAUUUGUUUCGUUACUACUUUUAUAUCCCUCACUGCUUCGUUUUCAUUCCCGCCAAAAUUAAAGAUGGCGCUACCCUAAACGAAAACCAUAAACUUUUUUUGCAUGGAAGAAAUAACACAGGAAUGUUCUGAAUGACAUGAGGAUGUUGAGUGGUGCGUGAUUCACCUAGCAAGAAGAAUGAGUCCCCAGACGAGCGGAAGCAGCUCAAUGAACUCAUCCGAAGACGAAUCAGAAGUGACAUCAUGGCUCUGAUUUGCAUCCAGAUAUGUGAUUAACAAAAACAGAAAACCACAGCGGGAGGGAGGAAAUGCUACAUGCAAAAUUCUGUACCAUCUAUAUCUGAUGAAAAGUAUUUGGAAAGACUCAACGACUCUUCACCAGCUCUUCAGAUGUUAUUGAGGAACCUUAAGAUCCUGUCAGGGAUGAAGUGGAACAUUUGUGGCCUCCUGCUCAUUUUAUCUUCCCUCUCCUGCAUAUUUGCUUUAAAAGAACAUUUCCAUUAUGCCAAUUCAUGUAAAAAUAACGCUGACAAACCUCUAUGUAUAAUUAUUAACAUGAUGUCAAAACCCCAAAAUCAGGCCGGAAAUGGCCAAGGAAAUGAUAUGGAGGUGGAUAUGUUGAUACUGGGUAUAGAUGGUUUCAUGGGAUACAUGAAAACAGGUAUAUGCAGUAAUGGUACAUGGAGCACAACAGAGAGCCAGUCUACUAUUCUGUGCAAUUCUAGUGACCUGUCAGUAAAGAAAAAACUCAACAUGAAUGUUUUUUCAUUUGAAGAAAAUACAAACUGUACAGAAAACACAUGUACAACAAACAGCAGUGAAUAUGGUGUGGUUCUAUCAAGAUACUCUCCAUACAGACUCAACAUAAGCAGAUAUGCUAUACCCACACUUGUCUGUUUAAUUGAAGGGAAUUGCAGAAAUGACACUUUGACAAACUGGAUUAAAGAAGGUUGUAACUGGACCCUCCAAAUCACUACAUACUUUGAUAAAACUGGAGUGUGUAAUAUGACCUGCCUGAAUCCCACAAUGACAUGUCAGAAAGCACAAUAUGAUCCCAUCUGUAAAGAAGAUAAUGCAGGUGAUGGAAAUCAAAUAAACAACAUUGGGAUCCAUAAUAAAACUGCAACGUGUUACAAGUGUGGAAGUCCUUUUCAAGAAGUGAAAGAAGUCUCCUUACCCAAAGAAAUGUCAGAUAAAUUUAAUACUAAUAAAACAGAGAUCGAUGCUGCGGCAGCUGCUGGGGCCAUGAAAAGUCUCUCCAGCAUUCUGUCUUUGAUGGCGAAUUCAACUGUUGCCUCCAUAUCCAUGGGUAACGUUAAAGGGAUUUUAAAGAAAAUUCAAGAUGAGUCCAAAAUCACGAUGUCCUACUUCAUCUACUCUUCAGAAACUGGCAUCAGAGUUUUAGAUGAUGUUGACGUACUGAAGGAUUAUCCCAGCGCUUUCAGUAUUACAGAGGAAGCCGCUAAGAAAUCGCUCAACCAAAGUGCAGAAUGCGCUUUUUUGGGCGUGUUCCGCUUUCCCAACAUGACAAAGGAUGCAGUGAACAGUUCGGUUUUGAAUGAUGAGGUUUAUGCAAUCGAAAUGGGGUCAAAAAUUUCAAAUCUGAGUGACCCCAUCACCUUGACCUUCAAAAACGUCCAGAAGACGUUGGGAACUCCUGUUUGUAAUUCAUGGGAUGGAAACGGACAUCAGCCAAACUGGACAACUGAUGGGUGUAGAACCCUUUACGGUAACGACAGGAUAACAUGUAAAUGCGAACAUUUGACUUUCUUCGCUGUGCUCAUGAUCCCUCCAAAUGUAUCCAUUUCCCAAAAUGACCUCAACGCUCUCACCUACAUCACCUACAUCGGCUGCGGCCUCUCCUUGUUUUUCCUGUCCAUUGGGCUCUUCAUGCACUUCCUCAUGAGGAGAGUGAAGGCCACUGAUUCACUCCGCGUGCUGAUUAACCUCUUCGUGGCUCUGUUCCUGCUCAACGUGGCCUUCCUGUCGAAUGAGUACGUAGCACGUACAAAGGACAUCACCGCCUGCAGAGUCAUGGCUGGAUUCAUGCACUACUGCUUGCUAUCCAGUUUCACCUGGUUUGCAGUGGAGGCUUUUCACCUCUGCCUGCAGAUGGCCAAAUAUUCAGUCACCAUCAAACAUUACAUCAUCAAGAUUUCUGUGAUUGGCUGGGCUCCUCCUGCUCUUGUUGUCUGUGUCAUUUACGCCUUGGGCCAAUAUGGUGAGCAGACCAUAACAACGGACACAAGCAACGUAACGAUGUGCUGGAUUUUAGACUCUGAUGUCCAUUACUACGUGAACAUCGGUUAUUACUGCUUCAUCUUCAUCUUCACUUUUAGCACCUUCAUUGUUGUGCUGCGAUGGCUCUCCAUGCUGAAGCUGAGCAAGUUGAACAAGGUUGAAAAAGUGCAGCGCUCAAAAACCGCCACCUUGGACAUCACCACCAUCCUGGGCCUCUGCUGUAUGCUGGGACUCACCUGGAGUUUUGCGUUCUUCAGCUACGGAGCUCUGCGUCUGCCCUCGUACUACAUAUUCACCAUCCUGAACUCUCUCCAAGGUCUCUUCUUGUUCAUAUAUUACUUGAAAGCAAGCAGCCUCUUGGGAGACUCAGCAGCUUCAGAAGAGAGCGACAUGACUGAAGAAACCAAUACAGAAAAUCCAUACGAAGACCUGCCAACAGAAGACACCAAAAAAGCCAUCUGACCAUCACCUCUACAUCUGAGGAUUUGAAAUAUAUCUGUCUAUUGAUAUUUUACAUUAAUUUGUAGUAUUAUAGUGAGUCAAUCCACUGCAAAUUUUGUCUUGUAACAUACGUACAUCUCUUUCUGAACUCUUCAGAAUUUAAGAAUUUGCGUUUUUUCAGUUCAUGAGUUUGAACUGAAUUGAAUUGCAUUUUAGAGAAAUUUAAAGCAGAGGAAUUGCAUUAGUCCAAAACAAGUUUGAGACAUAAAAAUAAUGAUGCAUAAUAAAUAAUAAUGUAUAAUAAUAUAAUCUGCUGUAUAUUUAGCUAGCUGUAAUUACUUUAUUACUACAUUUUCUUAAAAAAAAAAAAAUGCUAUAUAUGUAACUGAAUUUCAUAAUACAAUGCCACUGAUGUAUUUGUCUUU